AUCUUUUGAUUUUAUUAUGUAUUUAUUUUCCUGGAAAACAAAUUAUUAUUUGAAGUAUAUUUCUUUUUUGAUUUUUUUUGUUUUUUUGAUCUUCUGAGCUAAAAAAAGCAACCUUUUUUUUGUGUCUGUUCUAUUUUUUGAUCUUUUGAUUUUUAAGCGACAAUUAAGAGCUUGAUUUUGAUUAAAGUGAGGAUCUUUUUGAGUUCUUGAUUUUGAAUGUGAGUAAUUAAGUCGUGGUUAAGCUUGAUUAGUUGUUAAUAACAUAUAAUUAGUGAUUAUAGGGGUUUUACGUGAUAAAUUUAAGAGUCUUUUUGGGUUUUAGUUAGGUAGUGUGGUUGUUGUAGCUAAAGCUUAGCUAAAAAAGUUAGGGUUUUCUUGGGGAUAAUUUAGGAAAUUAGGUUUUCUGAGUUGUGGUUGAAGGGGGGUUUAAUAAAAGAUGAUUAAAUUUGGGUUUUUUUGGGGCUUAGGUAGUGUUGUAAUUGUUACUAAAUUUAGCCAAGGAUUAGGUUUUUUGUGAGGUAAUUAGGGUUUUUUCAGGGAUAAGCUGGUUCUUGAAAUUGUGGUAAUUGAAAUUAGUCUUCAUUGUUGUUUUCUUUUUGGUGUUCUUCCUUUUUGCUAGUGCUGAUGUAGAGUUAUAUUGUUUGUUUUAGAUCCCUACAAGAAAUUGUUGAAAGCUGAAACAGAUCACAAAAAUAUUGGGUUCAAAUUUGGUUGGUGACGCCCGAAUUGUUGAUUAUAUUGUGUGGUUUUUGUGGGUUUUAUAAUUUUGAUCUGGGUUUUGGUUUUAUAAUUUUAUUAUUACUGAGGGGUUUAAGGAUAUUUAGUAUUGAAAAAAUUGGUCAGGGCUGGCUCUGGAGAGCUACUUAGAUUCUGGCCACCAAGGGUCGGUGCCUGGUAUGGUACCUUCUCGAGUGGCUGGAGCUUUAGCCCAAUCUUCCUCAAGUUCUGGAAUUUUCUUCCAAGGGGAUGGGCAGUCCCAGGGUUUAGUUAACUCUCACUUGAGCUCAUCAUUUGGCAACUCAUCAAAUUCGAUUCCUGGAACCGGGCGACCCAAUUUGGGUCCGGUUUCUGGGGACAUGAAUAAUGCGGUUUUGAACAGUGUGGCAAACUCCGGACCGAGUGUUGGGGCGAGUUCUUUGGUGACCGAUGCAAAUUCAGCGCUUUCUGGAGGUCCUCAUUUGCAGAGAAGCGCAAGUAUCAAUACAGAGUCAUAUAUGCGCUUGCCAGCAUCGCCUAUGUCUUUUUCAUCCAAUAAUAUAAGCAUUUCAGGCUCAUCAGUUGUUGAUGGGUCCUCUGUGGUGCAGCAGGGCAACCAUCAGGACCGAAAUGUCCAGCAGGUUCUGCAGAAUCAGCAGCAACAACACGGUGCUUCAAGUGCUACAUCCUUGCCCACAUCACAAAUUGGGCAAGUUUCACUUCCCAUGGGUCCACGAGGCCAGGGAUCCUUUCUUCAAGACCAUAAUAAUCUAUCGCAAGUGCAAAAGAAGCCAAGAUUGGAUAUCAAGCAGGAAGAUAUUCUGCAGCAGCAGUUGUUGCAGCAACUGCUGCAAAGGCAGGACUCCAUGCAGCUGCAAAACCGAAACCCGCAGCUACAAAACUUGAUUCAUCAACAUAGACUGAGGCAACAGCAGCAUCAACUUCUCCAAUCUAUGCCACCGUUGCAGAGAGCCCAGUUACAGCAGCAGCAGCAGCAGCAGCAGCAGCAGCAGCAGCAACAGCAGCAACAGCAGCAGCAGCAGCAGCAGCAAAUGCAUUUGAGGCAGCAAAUGCAACAACAGGCCAUGCAACCAGCAUCUGCCCUCAAGCGUCCCUUUGAUGGGGGUAUUUGUGCCCGUCGUUUGAUGCAAUAUCUAUAUCAUCAGCGGCAACGGCUUGCUGAGAACACUAUUGCAUAUUGGCGUAAAUUUGUCUCAGAGUACUAUUCUCCUCGCGCGAAGAAAAGGUGGUGCUUGUCAUUAUACGAGAAUGUUGGGCAUCAUGCACUUGGUGUUUUCCCCCAGGCAGCUAUGGAGGCAUGGCAGUGUGACCUUUGUGGUUCCAAGUCUGGAAGAGGUUUUGAGGCAACUUUUGAAGUACUCCCUAGGCUUAAUGAAAUCAAGUUUGGAAGUGGUGUCAUUGAUGAGCUUCUGUUUUUGGACUUGCCGCGUGAAUUUAGAUUGCAUUCUGGAAUAAUGAUGCUGGAGUAUGCAAAAGCAGUCCAAGAGAGUGUAUAUGAGCAACUUCGUGUUGUUCGUGAGGGUCAGCUUCGUAUUAUAUUCACCCCUGACUUAAAGAUAUUGUCGUGGGAAUUUUGUGCUCGGCGCCAUGAAGAACUUCUUCCACGGAGGGUGGUUGCACCACAGGUGAAUCAGUUGCUCCAGGUUGCGCAGAAAUGCCAGAGCACUAUUGCUGAAAGCGGAUCUGAUGGGGUUUCUCAACAGGAUCUGCAAACAAACAGCAAUAUGGUUCUGACAGCUGGUCGCCAGCUUGCAAAGAGUUUAGAGUUGCAGUCACUGAAUGAUUUGGGUUUUUCCAAAAGAUAUGUCCGGUGCCUGCAGAUAUCUGAGGUUGUCAACAGCAUGAAGGAUCUGAUUGAUUUCUGUCGGGAGCAAAAAGCUGGGCCUAUUGAGGGCUUGAAAAGUUAUCCUCGACAUGCCACUGCAGCUAAGCUCCAGAUGCAGAAAAUGCAGGAAAUGGAGCAGUUAGCAAGUGUUCAAGGUCUGCCAACUGAUAGGAACACCAUCAAUAAGCUGAUGGCAUUACAUCCAGGAAUAAACAAUCAUGUCAAUAGCAACAAUCAAAUGGUUGGUCGAGGUGCUUUGAGUGGUUCGGCGCAGGCUGCUUUGGCAUUAACAAACUACCAAAAUCUGCUCAUGAGACAGAACUCGAUGAAUUCAAACUCCUGUUCACUUCAACAGGAGGCUGCUUCACCAUUCAGUAAUUCUAAUCAGAGUCCAUCCUCAAACUUCCAAGGAGCUGCUAAUUUCAUACAAGGAUCCAUGCAGAACUUACCUGUGAGUGGCUUUUCAAGUCCACAUCCACCUCCCCAACAGCCCCAGCAGCUGCAGCAGCGCUCAUUGAGCUCUAAUAGCUUACUCCAACAGAGCCUUCCACGAUCCUCCCAUGGCAACCAGACAUUGCAACCACAGAUGAUCCACCAACUGCUGCAGGAAAUGUCCAAUAACAGUGGGGGAGGAGUCCAACAACAUUCCAUUUCUCGGCAGAGUGGGAAUGGUGGUGUGGCAAGGAUGGGACUCGGUUUUGGAAGCAACAGUAUGGCAACAGCACCAACUGCUUCCACUGUGUCAGUAAGUGCAGGAGGACCUGCACCAAGCCAGAGCAACAGUUUUAAAGCUCCUGCAAACAGUGAUUCUUCGGCAGCUGGUGGCAACAGUGGGUUUAACCAGAAAGUACCAGAUUUGCCUCAGAAUCUUCAUCUGCAGGACGACAUUGUUAGUGAUAUUGCCCACGAGUUCACUGAAAAUGGGUUUUUUAACAGUGACCUUGAUGAUAACAUGGGUUAUGGUUGGAAGGCAUGACUAACAGAGGUGGACCAGUUAUUUGCUCUCAAAUGAGCGAGUGUUGGCCAUCUGUAUUUGUACAGAAUAUUCAGAUAUCUGCUUUCUCCCCUACCUCCCAAGCUUUUUCUAAUUAUGGAAUUUGUUGUGGCAUCAGGCACUUGCACUUCAGUAGGUACUUAGGUUUUCUCUAUUUUUGUUCUUCUUCUUUUGCCUUCUCAUCAACUUGUCUUUUUAGGGAUUUUUUUAAUCAAGUCUUGCAAGUGUAAUCUAUUGGACAAAACUGGAACAGGAAAUAUGAUAUCUAAAUGAGUUCUCCAAUAUUGUAUUUAA